AGAUCUCGCUGUCAUCUCAGCUAAUUGCGGCCCCGAUACGGCUCAUUAGCGCAUACCCACCUUUGCUACCUUGCUUCUCCACCCACCACCCUUUCAGAUCUUUGUCCUGGCUCCGCCUCUCGCCGGCGUUAUAAUGGGCUGGUCUGAAAGUGGUGGAGAGGCGCAGAACCACAGGGGAAGAGCGAGAUAAUGGCAAUAACACUAAUAACCCUAAUAACCCGGCUGCUGCCCGCGCCGCGGCGCUGACGGCCCCGCGCCGCCAGGGCAGCGCGGGGCGAAGCCGCGCACGGAGCAGCGACUCCGGCACCGCGAAGACCCGCGGCCCCUCGCCGCGGCCAACGCCGCUGCCUCUCACCGAGGAGCGCCGGGCGCAGCGCAGAGCGCACAGCCGCACGCCGCGGAGGCGCAGCCGGCGCAACAGCCUCGUCCCUUCGCCUCGCCCCGCGGAGCGGCGCGGCAGCGGCCUCCCCGCGGGCGGCGGCGCGGCUCCGCGGCAGCCCCGCGCCACUGCGCGCCGCCGCGGAGCUGUCCAGGACGGCGCGGGGGGAGGCCCCGCGCUGAGGGGCGGCCGUCGCCCCCGCGGCCGCGCCGCCCGCCCCCGGCAGCCGCCGCGCCGCCACCAUGAAGCUGGAGGUGUUUUCCCAGCACUACGAGGACAAGCUGAGCGCCGGCAGCGACCAGGAAGGCAGCGGCUCCCUGUCGCCGGCGCCGGCCGAGAGCGAGGUGGGCUCCGACGGCGACUGCGCCGUCAACAGCCCUGGCGCCGCGGCUGCGCCCCCGCCGCUCCCCGCCCCGCCGCCGCCGCCGCCGGCCGAGAGCGCCAAGGGGAAGCCCUACACGCGGCGGCCCAAGCCGCCCUACUCCUACAUCGCGCUGAUCGCCAUGGCCAUCCGGGACUCGGCCGGCGGCCGCCUGACCCUGGCCGAGAUCAACGACUACCUGAUGAGCCGCUUCCCCUUUUUCCGCGGCGCCUACACGGGCUGGCGCAACUCGGUGCGCCACAACCUCUCGCUCAACGACUGCUUCGUCAAGGUGCUGCGCGACCCGGCGCGGCCCUGGGGCAAGGACAACUACUGGAUGCUCAACCCCAGCAGCGAGUACACCUUCGCCGACGGCGUCUUCCGCCGCCGCCGCAAGCGCCUCAGCCGCGCCGCCCCGCCGCCGCCCGCCCGCCCGCCGCCGCCGCCGUCGCAGGAGGCGGCCGGAGCGGGCGCCGCGUCGCCCGGCGGCUCCCCGCGGUGCUGCUGCGCCUCCUCGCCGUGCAGCUGCGAGCCGGGACCCGCCAAGGCGGCGGCGGCGGCGGCGGCGGCGGGCGGCGGCGGCGGCGCCAAGUUCUCCAGCUCCUUCGCCAUCGAGAGCAUCCUGCGGCGGCCGGCGGCGCCCAGCGCCGGGGAGCCGCCCGCGGCGCACGCCCGCCUCCUCUGGCCGCCGCCGCCCGGGGCCCCGCACCUGCUGCCCGGCGCCUUCCCGCUGCUCCCGUACCCGCCUGCCGCGCCGCACCCGGCGGCCGCCCCCCUCUGCGGCGGCGGCGGCGGCCUGCUGCAGCUCUGCGCCUACGGGCUGGGCGAGCCGCCGCUGCUGCUGGCCCCCGGCGAGCCGCCGCCGGCCGAGCGCCCGCGGGCGCCGCUCUUCGCCGCCGCCCUCGCCAAGGGCGUGCGGGGGCCGCCGCCCGCCUCCCCCCUCUAUUGCCCGCUGCGGCUGCCCGGGCCGCUGCAGCCGGUGUCGGGGGGCUCUGCCUGCUACCAGCCGUACCCCGCGGAGACCCCCUUGGCUUAAUGGAGACCCCCUCCUCCCCCGCGGGGGGACCGGCCGGGGAGGCGGGCAGGGGGAAGGAGGAGGCUCUGGAUCCCGCACUUUAACUCCAGAAGCGACCAAGGCCUCCAAGCAAAAGCCUCGGUGACUGUGCCUUAGGGAAGUGACAGUGGGUUAACUUCAACAACAACAACAAAAAAAAAAGGUCGUUUUGAACGUAGCCAUGGGCCUCAAGUGCUUCUUACUGUUUGUUGAGACUACUUGAUUUUGGCCAUCCCCUCGCCUUCUCCUUUCUGUCCCCGCCCUCGUCCCCGCACCUCCUGCCCGUGUCUCCGCGAGCAGAGCAGCGGCGGCGGAGUGCGGACGCCCCACGGAGGUGCCCGGGGGCGGCCAGCGGGGGGAUGCGCUGUGCACUUGGGAGGGCGGGAGGACGGGGCUGGGGGCGCCUGCGAGGACGAGCAAGGGAAGAGGCGGGUAGGGGACCGGGGGCUACUGUGGAGCCGUAGGGCUGUCUGUACUGCAAAGCGAUGCAUCACUGUGCCAAAAGAAACCUUUUUUCCUGUCCGGCAACUAGCAUUUCGUAGGAAGGGAGGACAUUAAAUUAUUUAUAAAAGUAGUGUUUUUAACACGACGAGAGUGCAGCAUUUUUAAUUAAUUAUUGUUCUUGGGGGCGGCGGGGGGGGGGGCGUUUAAUGAAAUGUCAGGCGUGGUCUGCUGAACUGAUUUAGGUUGUACAUUUAAGGCCAAGACAUUGCUACUGGAAAGAGAAGACUAACUUCUUCGUAUUUUAUUUUUUGUGUUUGUAUAUAACAUAUGUGCGUGUGCAUUUUAUUGAAGCUCAGGCAAUUUUUUUU